UAGAAAAAGAGCUUUUUUGAAUUCGUUCCUGGAGGCUGAAGCUUUUCGGAGUCCCUGGUUCUCUUCUCGGUUCACCGUGAGUCUCUGGGUAGAAAGAGGGCCUGCCUCAGUCUUUUAGGCCGGGAAAGGUAAUCGACGCCGCGCACGAACUCCUCUGCCCGCAAGCCAGACGGCGUCAGCCGCGGGAUCCGAAGAGGAAGCCAAGCACAGGGCAGUGUGGCCGGCCUGUGGCCGGCUGUCCAGGCCAGUAGGAAGUGACCGUCCAGCCCAGGUUCCCUGGGCCCAACGCUUUGACCCAGUUAGUAUCGGGGCUGGUUUCCUGUCCUGGCCCGGGAUGCUGGCAUGGACCCUUGGUUACCUGCUGUACCAUGCUAUCUUGCAAUAUAUGUGGUGAAACAGUAACCUCAGAACCAGACAUGAAGACUCACCUCCUAAUUGUUCACAUGGAAAAUGAAGUUACAUGUCCAUUUUGCAAGUUGUCAGGUGUGAAUUAUGAUGAAAUGUGUUUUCAUAUUGAAACUGCUCAUUUUGAGCAAAAUGAACUAGAAAAAAACUUUGAAAGGAUUAAUACAGUACAGUGUGGAACUUCCAAUAGCAGGAAGGACAGCACCCUACAGUGUAGAAUGGAAGUUAAUUCAAGUAUUCAUUCAGCUUGUGCAUCUAAUCCGAAAAUUUCAGCUCAAGGCCCACCUAACAAUGGUAUUUUAAAACAUAAAGGCUUUCCUUCAGAGAACUUAACUGAAUCUAGAAAAUUCCUGAAAAGUAAGGAAAAACAGUCUGACCGAACCAAAAUUAAAGGAUCAAUUUAUGAAGCAAUGUAUAGUCCUCCUGAAUGUCCAUUCUGUGGAAAAAUAGAAGGUUGUAGUCAAGAUAUGGAAACUCAUGUGAAAACAGAGCAUGCCGAUCUUUUAGACACUCCAUUAGAAGAUUGUAAUCAACCACUCUAUGACUGCCCUAUGUGUGGGCUCAUCUGUACAAAUUACCAUAUUCUCCAAGAACAUGUUGACUUGCAUUUGGAAGAAAGCAACUUUGGACAAGGUAUGGAUAGAGUCCAGUGUUCUAGAGAUCUGGAAUUGGCUCAACAGCUUCAACAAGAAGAAGACAGAAAGAGGAGAUCUGAAGAAUCAAGACAAGAAAUGGAAGAAUUUCAGAACCUGCAGAGACAAUAUGGUUUAAAUAAUUCUGGAGGGUACAAGCAACAGCAGCUACGAAAUAUGGAGAUAGAAGUAAAUAGGGGAAGAAUGCAUCCAUCUGAAUUUCAUAGAAGAAAAGCUGAUAUGAUGGAAUCACUAGCUAUUGGUAUUGAUGAUGGAAAAACAAAAACUUCUGGAAUUAUGGAAGCACUUUAUAGGUAUUAUCAGAAUGCUGCCACAGAUGUGAGGCGUGUGUGGCUUUCUACAGUAGUGGAUCACUUUCAGUCAUCUUUUGGUGACAAAGGUUGGGGUUGUGGUUACAGAAAUUUCCAAAUGCUGCUUUCAUCAUUAUUACAAAAUGAUGCUUAUGAUGAUUGCUUGAAAGGUAUGUCAGUUCCUUGCAUUCCAAAAAUUCAGUCUAUGAUUGAAGAUGCAUGGAAGGAAGGUUUUGAUCCCCAGGGUGCCUCUCAACUUAAUAACAGGUUACAGGGAACAAAGGCCUGGAUUGGAGCAUGUGAAGUAUAUACACUUCUGACCUCCCUAAGGAUAAAGUGUCGUAUUAUUGACUUUCACAAGUCAACUGGCCCUUUGGGUACACACCCUCGCUUAUUCGAAUGGAUAUUGAGCUACUAUUCUUCAGAGAGAGAAGGGAGUCCGAAAGUACUGUUUACAUCUAAACCUCCUAUCUAUCUUCAACAUCAAGGUCAUAGUCAAACAGUUGUUGGAAUUGAAGAGAGAAAAAACCGAACAUUAUGUUUACUAGUAUUUGAUCCUGGAUGUCCUUCUCGAGAAAUGCAGAAACUCUUAAAACAAGACAUGGAAGCUAGCAGUGUCAAGCAACUUCGGAAAUUUGUGGGGAAUUUAAAACAUAAGCAGUACCAGAUAGUGGCAGUAGAGGGUGUUCUUUCUUCAGAGGAGAAAAUUGCCAGGAGACAAGCUUCUCAAGUCUUUACAGCCGAGAAGAUCCCUUGAAGAAGUAAGCAUUUCAGUGAUUGUGGAAUUUUACUUUAUUUUUCAAAUUCAGAUAUUAAACUUUUAAUACAACAUAUGAAUUCUCUAAAUACUCUGUUUAAUUUCUAAAAUUCUAAAUUAUACCUUUAGUACUCCAUUGUUUAGUAGUUAUUCCAAUAAAAUAUCUUGUUUGCA